AUGGCUACCAAUAAAACCAUAUGGUUGACUGUGUCAAGAAGACCCCUCUUCUCGAAGGCAAAUGUCUUGCAUAUGUCUUACGUUUUCAGCAGUCAAGUCCAGGCAGCACCUUCUCCCAAAAUAGCCUCUACAAUUCCAGUCUCAACUCCCUCUUCUCUUCCCUCCUCCAAUGCCAGCCGCAACAUCGAAUUCUACAACACCACCUCCGGCCAGAACACCUCCGACCCCGUCUACGGCCUCUUCCUCUGCCGUGGCGACAUCACUUUCCAAAUGUGCCGAACAUGCGUGGCUGCCGCGACCGAAGAGCUUGCCGCAAAAUGUUCAAGGGAAAAGGUUGCUAUUAUUUUGUAUGACGAGUGCAUGAUUCGCUACUCCAACGAGUCUUUCUUUUCCACCGUGGCCGUAAGGUGCAGGAUUCAUCCGUUGAACACGCAGAACAUCACGGAACAAGACCGAUUUAAUCGGCUGUGCAUGCCGAACCUGUCUAGCGCCGAUUGCAACUGGUGUCUCCAGUCAGCUAUCAACCGUCUUCCAAUAUGUUGUGGUGGGAAGCAAGGGAGAAGGGCUUUGUUUCCUAGUUGUAACAUUAGGAAAAACAAAAAUCUCAACAACCACGAUAGUCGCCAUUGUUGCUCCAAUUGCUGUCUCCUAAUUAGGAGACGUAGAAAGAAGUUCGAUGCAGGACAAGGAGAUAAUGCUUUAAAUGAUAUUACCACUGUAGAGUCCUUGCAAUUUGAUUUUAGUACAAUUGAAGCUGCGACGAACAAAUUCUCCGACAACAGCAAGCUAGGUGAAGGUGGAUUUGGUGUGGUUUACAAGGCCGCGCUCUCACCAACUCAAGUCUUUGGUCUUGGGCCUGUGAACACAAAGAGAGUACUGAGAGACGGUGGUCAUGGUAGUGGCAGGGGAGUCUCUGAUGCCAAAGUCAAUAUCGUCUUUUGA